AUUUAUUUAUUUAGAUUCUUGCAUACAUGUGUGCAUGUCCUUAUCAGUAAAUAUCAAAACCAAAUAUCUUAUUAGUUGAAUCACAUGAUACAACAGUAGUUUAUUGAACUUUUAUCGUGGAAAGAUAUGUGAUUGCAAAACCCAAAAACCCACAUUUCAAAAGCAUGGUCCAAUUUGUAGUUUAGAUAGUGGUGUUCACACCAGUGAGACCAUCGGGUUUAGGGGACUUGGUCGCCUGUCUCCGCCGCCUCUCCACGCCGCCUAUCUCCGCCGGACUACUGGAAGGAGGAAGAAUCGCGUCUGCGCGGGCGAAGGCAAAUUGUCUUCAGCAAAUCUCUCGACGUCUUCUUAGAAUUCUGUCUGUUGCAAGCAAGCGUUGUGUUUGUUGUGGUAAUUGAAAACAUUUUCGUGCUUUUGAUCAAGUACCCACUUGCCAAUUCUCGGCUGAGCCAGUGUACCUCCAGUAGUUUCGAUAGCUAUGCUACCAGAAGUUAUUGAGGGAUCGAACGCAACAGAGCAUGGCGCUCGGGAUUCCUGCUGGACACAUUGUUUCGUGUAGCGCUUGAAAUUAGGAUCGAAUGCGACUAUUUGGUGGUAUUUAGCACCUUUUGAGCGCAUUGGGUUCAGCAUGAAGGCAGCUCUGUACGCCGAGCUUCGGCAGGCUCUAUUACAAGAUGACAAGAAUACAUUGGAAGCUGUUAAUGAGAAGUAUCCUUGGGUGGAAUUCGAUACUGUGGUGGCUAUAAAGUCGCAGGAAGCCUCGCGCCACAUUCGGAUGCAGCAUCAUAAGUUUCGCUCGAGGCAACGUAUCCAAGAGUUUAUUGCAAGGUAUACAGCUGGGGAGGACAUAUUGGAGAUCAGCAGGACAUAUGAUAUCCCCCCCUGCCUUCUGAUGCGAAUCUUGUUGGAGCACUUGGCAGGCUUGCAAAAGCACCAAGUAAGCGCCUGUCUCAAGGAUCCAUCCUAUCUGCCAGAAUCCUCGAUACUGAUCAAGGCGCAGAUGGCUGCAAACAGAGAAAGCACUGCUACAGUUUCGAGGGCUAGGUUCGGUGCAGAUGUGUUUCGUUGCAUCGACAAUGACCCCGUGAGUUCUCCUGCGGUAGAGACUAUACGAAGAGUCACAGGAUUGGAAUACGAAAUCUUGUUGUAUGAGAAACUAAGCGACUUAGGUAUUUCUUACCAAUCUGAGGACGAUUUGAGGGCAGCGGGCUUUAGCAAAACCCCAGACGUGAAAUUGGAUGCCCCUAUAGGCGUGCGUGGUCGUAUGGUGAACUGGAUAGACAGUAAAGCGUCAUUCGGAGAUGAACAUAUCCACAAAACGCAAGGCAGUGACCAAUUUCAGAGUUAUGUGAACAGGUUUGGUCCGGGGAUGGUCAUCUACUGGUUCGGUUACAUAGACGAGCUCAAUGACAAUCCCGAUAUUCUUCUCAUGGAUCACUUCCCGGACAAGAGCGAGGUUUAUUGUCUGACCGUGCUACCAGUGCAACCUAGACCAUGACUUUCUCCUAUGAACAUACGUAAUUCUGGCACUUACUUUUGGCAUACCCGACUGAAGAACGUGUUUCAUGGCCCUCCACACAUGUGAACUUCAAAACUGGAAUUCAGCAGAUGUGUGGCUUUGACUGGGAGCGUCUUAGUUGCCAAAAAGAAGUUGUAGGUUUUGUGUUGCCCAUCUCGGUGAUAUAUAUAUAUAUAUAUAUAUAUGGUUUCGUAGCGGGGACCAUUGUGAACAGAGAUUGCAGUUUCUUGGUGCACAAUGGUGUCAAUUCGUUGUGCACCGCCAAGGGUACUGAAUAUCUCUAGAGAACUAGCAACGUAAGAUAUUUUUUUACAAAAAGAAGCCUUAUUUACUCGUACUCAAUAGACCUUAUCUGGGAUUGUUUUCUCUUCUUUGUGCAUACUUAAUCACUUGAGCAUUCUGGAAUCCUUUCAUCUCAUUUCACAACGUUCCAGGAUUCAUAUUCGAAAGCCUCCACUAAUCCGUGGUUCCAUGGAGAAUCGGCGUACUUGCUGCAAUGUUUGAUGCCGCUGAGAAGCAGCAUCUUAACGAGAGAGGGAGCCGAUUUAUGAUACACGCGAGACAUCUCCGAACUAUCUGUAGUAAUGAGGUUGAAUAAGGAACGAGACGAGGCCCAUUACCAAACAGAGGAAUACAUAGUUAUAUAAUUAUACUCUUCCCAGAAAGGGAUGCCUUCUACCAAGCAAAUUUGUACACAACGCGAGCUCCUUGCUGUUAAGGGUAGCGGCGAUGGUUCUGGUAAUGCUUGUCGACUUUGCAGAAGAUGAACACAGGGUAUUACAUCUUGGGGGACAACAUGGGUGAUACCGCAACGGUGGUUGAGGGCAGGUUUCUGAAUGUGGUGCAUGGUUAAGGCAGCAGGCAUACACUCCGCGCCAUAAUUGUGGACGAAAUCUAAUUCUGUUUUAGCGCAAGAGGAUUUGAAAUAAAGAAAAACCCUACGGCUAUGACGAUGGACAUUGCCAAUGUAGGAUUUAUCACCGGCUUCAGCGGAGCUAACUCUCGGACCUUGAAAGAAUCGUAAUGAAACUCUGAAAGAAUGGUUGCUACAAUCUUCUUGCAGACGAAACUGUCACAGAUGAGUUGCCACACUUUUACUAGUACAUUGCUUAGUCGGUCUUAUUUCUCAGUCUGCAAAACUUGGACAGACGACGGGUACUUCAGGUGACAGAAAGAGUUGUCCAUUUAGGAAUGUAAAUAAAAUUCAUUCACAUAAGUGUUCUGUUUUAUAUUAACAAUUUGAAGCAUACAAUAAUGGUAGUCAUUGCACUCAAGGAAUAUAGCGUUAAGCGAGCACUAAAACGAGAUUAAGGUUGUGUAAGAAACAAAAGAAUGGUAUGAGCAGAAAGAUCUACACUUAUGAAUUCAUAUACCCACAAGCAUUACACAUAUGGAUAACCUCCUUGAAAUAACGUAUCUUUCAACUGAAAGCAUCAGAUUUCUUGUUCAUUAGGGCUUCGGCCAAUGCUUAUCAGUACGCAGAAUUGCAGCCCAGAUGCACUUCUCAAGAACUAGGAUGGUUGCAAGAUGAUGCUAGUAGACUUUGAGCCAUGAAAAUUAAAACUCCUCAAAAUCAACAAUCUCUUACAGCAUUUGCCAGAAUGUGCAGAUCCUGUUACAAACAAAAAAGAUUGGUGCAAACAAAAUUGCAGGAUAUUCUAGCUUGAAAUGGCGGUUAGGCCAACGGGAUUUAGAAUAGUAAAAAAGCAGAAACAAAUCCCAACUUCGUCAAUUGCUGAGUAUUCCUCAAAUGACAGCUAUGGCAGGAGAUUUUUUCUGAGUAAUUUUCUUGUGGACCUGUGUGGCACCCAGAAUCAUGAAGGAGCAUCGUUGUGGGAGUCGGCAUAUAGUUCACUCUUUCAAGAUCACUAGCUGCUGCCCUAGUUAUUUAUCUGCCGCAGGUGUGGACUGCUGUUGUAAGGUACAAUUGACAAGUAGGGAUCUGAACUUGGUGCUCACCUGCUAGAUGGGUACAUAAGGCAUUUUUGGUGCUUUAAACACUACGCUUUGCAGUAAUUGUAGCAAGCUCUUAGCUACGUCUUAGGGUCAAAUAGACCAAGUCCUCUCGGUUUAAAUUAUCUACCUCUAGUGGAGAGUAACCUACAGUGCGUGAAAUCUUCGUGACAUAAAGACUAGUCUCAAGGUCUCGCCUUGGACUCAACAAGCAAGAGUAAUCAGCAGCUGUUAUAAGACUGGGAAGUGAUUCUGGGUUCUCAAUGAAGUUGUUGCCUAAA